GAUGGGGGUAAAUCCUAAUUAUUGUCCCUUUAAACAUUUUAAAUCAUAUUUAAGCAUGCCAUGUAUUUUAACAUUCCAGUGUCCCAAUGGAGCUAAAUUCAUCGAAUCCCCUCUGCAACAACACAGUUGCCUGGAUGUGGUUGUCUUCUCUCCAGCCUCCAUUUCUGUCUCUUGUCAUCAUCCUGGGAGUGGUGGGCAACAGUCUGGUCCUCUGUGUGUUCUGCCUCCAGCAGAAGCCUUGCAGUGUAGCUGAUUUGUAUCUAGGCAAUCUGGCAGCUGCAGACCUUGUCAUGGUGGUCUGCUUGCCCUUCUGGACGGUUACAAUCAGCCAAAAUUAUCAAUGGAAUUUUGGUCAACUGCUUUGCAAGCUGGUCAACACUGCCAUCUCUAUGAACUACUUUUGCAGCAUUCUCUUUCUGGUGUUGGUCAGUGUGGACCGCUACCUUGCUCUGGUCAAACCCAUGAAGCCCUGCAAGCUAAGACGCCCUGCCUGGGCCAAACGUAUCUGCUUGGUGAUUUGGGCAGUGGGCUUUUUGCUUAGCCUUCCGGCUCUCCUAUUCCGCAGAGUCCGUUUUUUUUCCGAGAUUGGGGUGGAAGCCUGCUACCUAAAUUACCCUCACCGAAGCUGGAUUCUUCAAUGGAACUUUACAACAAAUGUGGUUGGCUUUCUGUUUCCACUGCCCGUCAUUUCAUUUUGCACCUAUCAUGUGAUAAUGGCACUAAAAGAUAGUGUAAGGAUCCAACCGAGGGUUCAUGAAAAGAAAGCCACCCAGCUGGUGCUUACAGUUCUUGCUGUAUUUCUCUUCUGCUGGAUGCCAUUUCAACUGGUCCGUUUUCUGGACACUCUGCAGUAUUUUCAGCUCCUACCUGGGUGCCUGUGGGAGAACACCAUGGAUAUCAGCAUUCAGCUCGCUGCUUAUUUAGGGUUUAGCAAUAGCUCAAUAAACCCUUUCUUGUAUGUUAUUGUAGGAAGCCACUUUAGGAAGAGAGCUAGCCGAGUUCUUAAGAGUCUUCUGUGUCCUAAAUGGAGGAACGUUGGGAAAUGCACUGAGAGUUCCAAAGGAUCAACACAUAGAAUGGCCCUGAGCUCAGUUUGUUCAAAUACUCCAUACAUUUCAUCGCAUUUCACCCAAUCAAUCAAUACCCCUGUUGACCCUGCACUAAGAAUAUUUUCUUAGUUAUGUAGUACAAAACAUUUGCUUGUAAACAUUUUAUUGUGUGUAUGUGUAUGUUUGUAUGUAUGUACACACACGCAAACACACACACGCGCGCAAGCGCACGCACGCACGCAAUGAAAUGUUUACCAGUAAUAUAAAGACGAGAUAUGUAAUAUGUUUACUAAGUAAAAUGUUUUGUAAUAUACAGCCAGCUCCAUAAAAAUUGGAACAGAGCUUUUUCACAACAUUUCCAUCCAUAUUUAUUUUUUACCCUAAAUACUUGACACUUUACCCUAAAUACUUGAUACUUCUGCUUAUACUUUUUUAAUAAUACUACAUACAUUCCUGUAUUUUCUGGUUGUAUUUUAAUAAAGGAUUGAUAAAUAAUUAUAUGUGAUAUAUAUUUACAGAUGGUAUGCCUGAAACCUGUUUUUCUUAUUAUACUGUAAAUACAUACAUUUUAUUUAUAUAU